GGUAAAGACAACGAGCUUAGAUACACAACCAUUCCAGUGCUAAUUGGACAAUCAUGGAGUUCCUCUACGAGCACGGCAUAACGGCCUUACAGGUCCUCCAGAAACAUGGCGAACCGUACUGUGACCUGUUCCAAGACAUCUCAUCGUUCUGCGAUCCAGCUUAUGCAUUCUUCGUCUAUCCACCGCUGUUCUACGCUUUGUGUCAGAACUCCGGAAGGGCUAUGCUGCUGGUCGUCAUCAUAACGGAGUGGGCGAAUAUGGUUCUCAAAUGGAUCCUCUUGGGUCACCGACCGUAUUGGUGGGUCAUGGAGAAUAUGACUCCCGCCCACCCAGGAGACACAAUUAUCAAGCAGUUCCCCCUGACAUGCGAAACUGGCCCGGGUUCACCUUCGGGUCACGCUCAGCUGCAAACCGCUUUGAACUACGCGAUCGUGCACUUUUUGACGACGAAGGUUUUCGCGAGGAAACACCGAUGGAUCUCGCGUUUCGUACUGAUCCCAGCUUUCAUCGCAGUUGUUGUAGGCGUGAGCUUAAGCAGACUCUACAUCGCGGCCCAUUUCCCCCAUCAGUGUAUGCUUGGCGUGGCAAUCGGAUUCGCCAUAGCAUCCUCGCUGGUGGGCUUGGAUACUUCGAGGUGGUCGCUCAAAAAAUACCUCUUCCUGACAUUGUUCCUCUUCGUGUCGACCAUGGCGACAAAGCGGAUCUUGGAGACUGUCGGCGUCGAUGUACUCUCGACGAUAGGCCGCGCUCAGAAGCACUGCGCUCGGCCUGAGUGGAUCCACGUGAACACAACGCCCUACUUCUCCAUGACGAGAUUCCUCGGAUUUUGCGCCGGAGUGGGCCUCGCCACGCAUUGUGGUGUCUUCAGUAUUGCGGGCAAAGAGAUUUCGACCGGCAGCCGGGUCGUGAUGGGGGUUGCUGCUGCCAUCAUCGGGAAACUCUCGGAAAAUAUCGAUGUGCCGUUCAAAGAUGCUUCGCCACUCUUUUUCUACAUCGUCGCGUUUUCGUACUACGUCGCGGCGGCGUAUAUGCUCUUUGCCGUCGUGCCUUCACUGGUCCUCAAGGUCAUCGGUGGCGAGGUCAAAGACAAGAAAAAGCUUUAGAUGAUGUGGUGACAGACAAAGGAAGAACGACCGACGAAGAUUGCUUCACACACAACACGUCCGCGGAGUCGGAGCCGAGCGACAAGGAGUGAGGUCGCUCUCUGAUAUAAUGCCACCGGGUUCUUUCUUCGUCCGAUUCAUAGUCGCCGAAUGUACAUACGAGUCGAUCAGAUAUCAUCUGAGGAAAUGAUCUAUAUUCCUAAUUAUUUUGUUCAUAUAGUGGAAGGAACGCUAAUUAAAUAUGACUCCGCUCGGAAGAACGGAUGUGUGCGCUCCGUCUCAGAAGAGAGUACGGAAAAGCGUGAAAAGCUCAAACAAUCGAA